UAACUUUUACAGCUGGCUGCAGCUGGACGCCGAUGUCCGCGCGCAACUAUCCAUCCAGCCAGGACGCGCACCCGCUCCUCGGUCACAGACGCUGCCCAGGGGCUCGAAGCCACCAAUUAGAACAGCUGGGACCAGGGAUGCGCACUCAAUUAACCUAAUCUCUUUUUCUUUUUGUUGUCCUAAAAGACCCCCUGUCCUCCGUCACAAUUCCCCCCCAGAGGAGCUCCGAGGGGUUUCUCUCGUCCUUUCGUCCCCGAGCCGCGCGGAGGAAGUGCUGGCUGGUCCUUGUGCUGACCGCCGUCGCGAUGGUUCUGCUGGCUCUGGCCGUGGCAGUCCCGUUACUGCUGCUCCGCACCUCGGACACCUCCGCUCAUUACUACGAAAUGAUGGGCACCUGUCGGAUGGUUUGCGACCCGUACACCCCAAAACCGGGAGGCGCCACCGCCAUGGAGGUGAUCCAGAACGUAAACGGUAUCGCCCCGCAGCCGCCGAUGGCCCAGGGGAGCCGCGGGGAGCCCGGGCGGCCGGGUAAACCGGGAUCUAGGGGCCCGCCGGGAGAACCAGGACCCCCGGGUCCGAGGGGGCCACCAGGAGAGCGGGGCAACGGUAAACUCGCCUUCCCCGCAGUAACCGGACCUGUUGGGUCUGAGAACGGCGAAACGGACGGUGUGAACUCCACGGCCAACAGUUUUAGGAUCGCUUUCUACGUCGGUCUGAAGAACCCACAUGAGGGGUACGAGGUGUUAAAGUUUGACGACGUGAUUACAAACUUGGGGAACCAGUACGACGCGAGCACCGGAAAGUUCACCUGCCAAGUGUCCGGGAUCUAUUUCUUCACCUACCAUGUGUUAAUGCGGGGAGGAGACGGGACCAGCAUGUGGGCCGACCUGUGCAAAAACGGACAGGUACGAGCCAGUGCCAUAGCUCAAGAUGCAGACCAGAACUAUGACUACGCCAGCAACAGCGCCGUGCUGCACCUGGACUCGGGAGAUGAGAUCUACGUCAAACUGGAUGGCGGCAAAGCUCACGGAGGCAACAACAACAAGUACAGCACCUUCUCUGGCUUCAUCUUAUACCCCGACUAAACGCAGCACAGCAGGUUCCAUGGACAGCAAUCGCCACAACAAAACUGUUUCCAUUGAAGUACAAGGUCCAAUAUGUUUCUCCUCUUUUGAAGAUAGGUGCCAUGACACACAGGCAACGUAUCUGCAACUCUAUAUUCUGUUGAUUUAGUGAGAGACCUUCUUGCUAUAUGUGUUUGAUUUAACUUAAGUUCAACAGCACUACUGUCAUCAGAAUAUGUAUCUUAAUACUGCAGACCUACAGUAACACCCCGUGCACGCUCCAACCUGAGAAAGCAUCAUGUUUCUGAAGUUCCUUUGAAUGAAGGUGAACACAUUUCUAAAAUGCAAUGAAAUGCACAUUUCAUGGCAACUUCAGUGGAAUCACCGUGAUCAGUGGAUUCUGUUGCGGGGUAAAUACCAGACCUUCUUCACCAAAAAAAUAGAUCUGUGCAUGCA